UACACACGCGUUCCGUGGGCUACUUCACCUGCUUCGGUUGUCUGCCCCCCAGAUACGUUGUUCACUGAUCGAUUUGAACAGACGCUUAGUAAGCAGCCAAGUUUUGCCUUUAAUGGUAUGGCAAAAAGUUCGCGCAGGCUAUAUUAACCCAGACGCUACAAUCUGUCUUCAUUUAGAAUCUAUUUUUGUUAAUUAGAUCGUUCAGCGUUCUGCAAGUCUCCACAAGGUAAGGACUAUUUUAUUCAGCUUAAAAUGUUUCACGGAGGUCUACAUUAAAUUCAUAUUAUUCUUGGAUGUUAAAAAAGUGGACCACAUAUUUGAUAGGUUUUUAGAUAUAUACUUCUUAAAUAUAUAUAUUAUUCUAGUUGCACGUUUCAAAUUUAAUAUCCAACAGUUUCUUUUAAGUUUGAGUAGAACAAGAAACGAGUCAAUUAUGUCAUAGUUACACAGGGUAAGACGUAAAUUAUAGGACAGUUUCACCGAUAUUGUGUGGUGUUGAUAUAUUUUUAAAUAUGUAUAAGAUUACGUAGGCCUGAUUUGUGCAAAGUCAUUUUACAUUAAUUUUAGGCCAUAUGGACUGAGCAUUUCAUGAUAGAACUUGACUACUUAAGACUAACGAAGAUACCAAGAUAUACUUACAAUUAAAUUAGUCAGGGAGUAACAUGGUCCCGUUAUGGCAGUCAAACAUUAGCCAGGGAGUAACAUUGUCCCGUUAUGGCAGUCAAACAUUAGUCAGGGAAUAACAUGGUACCGUUAUGGCAGUCAAACAUUAGUCAGGGAGUAACAUGGUCCCGUUAUGGCAGUCAAACAUUAGUCAGGGAGUAACAUUGUCCCGUUAUGGCAGUCAAACGAUGAAUUUAUUCUCUUUAGGAAUCCACGAGUAAGACUUUCACAUUUUUCCUCUAAAGCAGAAUCAGUGACGUCAUCUCUGUGUUUUGGAACCAACAUUUAUCUCACUCCGCAAACCUGGCUGGGAAUGUUGGACACCACAGAAAGUUGGAUGAAACUUCAAAUCCUUAGUACUGAACGCCAGAAAAACUCAUGUAGGCUUACUGACAAGAGAUCGUCUGUCGUAGACUGGUGCACCUCGACUGUCUACUAAUGAAGCAUGUGGCACCACUAUUGCCGGUCACUAGCUAAAGUAGAACACUGAUCAAACUCUCAACAGUGGACAAGCUAAUAGGGUACAGACUCUAACAGCAUUGGCUUUAGUGCACAGACUAUUUGGGCACAGCCUGGCAGGGCACAUGCUAAUAGGGCAAAGACUUACAGGGCACAGGGAAAUAGGGCUCGGAUUGACAGGGCACAGGAUAAUAGGGUACAGACUCGACGAGCAUUGGGUUUAGUGAACAGACUGACCAGGCACACGCUGCCAGCUACAAAUGGCCUCACAAUUAGAACCAGACUGGCAGAACUGUGAUGACAUCCUCAAAUGUAACCAGAUGAUGCUGGACCAUCAGUAUGCCUGUGACAUCACAUUCCUACUGGGAAAGGAUGGUGCCCGACAGGGAGCGCACCGGUACGUCUUAAUCAGCCGCAGUCCCGUCUUUGACGCCAUGUUCAGGACGUCUUUAGGAGAUGACGCACAUGAGAUGUCCGAUGUCAUCUUGCCUGACAUAGAACUGUCCACUUUUCGUGUGUUCCUUCGGUAAGUUUUCUAUUGCUCUUCACCAUCAUUGUUCACAAACAUUUCGAUAUUAACAAUCUUGCACAUACAGUUUUCCCACCACAUACAGUUUUCAAAAACACAUAUACAAUUCUCACUAUACUAUACAUAGUUUGUCCCUAACAUAUUGACUAUAGUGUUGCCCAUCACUAAUAGUUUUCCUAAUCAUAUAUAGUUUCCCCCACCACAUAUACUUUUUCUCACCACAAAUAGUUUUACCAACAACAUAUAGUUUUUUCCAACCACCUUAAGUUUUCCCCACCACAUAUAGUUUCCCCCAACUCAUAUAGUUUUUCCCCCACAUAUAGCAGUUGCCCCCCGCAUAUAGUUUUCCCCACCACAUAUAGUUUCACCUACAUAUAAUAAUAAUAAUAAGACGUCUUAUAUAGCGCUGUACAUAAGAAUUUUAUAAAAAGAGACAUAAUCAUGACAUUAAAAUAAAAUACAUUUAUGAAAUAAAGAACAGCAAUGUAUAUUCACCCACCCCACCACAUAACUUUUACAAGGAAAACCAUGGACGGCAGCCAGCAAGAUCAUUUAUCGGUCAGAGGAGGGGAAUCAGUCAGGGUAGUAUAAUUUAAAAAGAUAUGUUUUGAGUGCAGUUUUGAAGGCCUGGGUGGUUGGUAUAUUGCGUAUGUGUAGUGGCAAAGAAUUCCAUUGUUUGGGGGCGCAGAAAGAGAAAGAUCGUUCACCAUAUGUUUUAGUGUGUGUCUUGGGAACGGACAGAAUACGCGUGUCUGCAGAGGAGCGAAGCUGUCGAAGGGGUGAAUAGACAGAAAGAAGUUCGGUUAGAUAGGAAGGGCAGGAAUCCAAGAAAAAGUUGUGACAGAGAACAGACAACUUGUAGUCAAUGCGUGCCUGUAUAGGGAGCCAAUGAAGGGAAUGGAGUAGUGGAGUGACGUGAUCACGUUUUUUUGCCUUUAAAACUAGCCUAGCAGCUGAGUUUUGAACUUUCUGCAGUUUUUCUAUGCAGUGUUUUGGUGAACCUGACAGAAGAGAGUUGCAAUAGUCAAGACGAGAGAGAACAAGAGCACAGACUAGAGUUUUUGUAGCGCUAACUGUGAGGUAGUGGCGUAUGGAGCUGAUCUGACGGAUAGUGGUGUAUGCUGAACGACAAAUGUGAGAUAUGUGUUUAUCGAGAGACAUGUUGUUAGAAAGAAUAUAACCAAGAUUCCUAGCAGAGGGUGUAAACCGUACGUCAGAGUUACCUACUUGAAAUGAGUUUGGAAGAGUUGAGGUGGGAAGAGUUGAGGUAGAGGAUGAUGUGUGAUUGUGGAUGAGGGGUGUUUCCGUUUUGUCAUCAUUAAGCUUCAACUUGCUGAGUGUCAUCCAUGACUUGACAUCAUCAAUGCACCCCCGCAAACUCUGGACAGCGGAUUCAACAAGAGAAGGAUGGGUAUUUUUGUAUAGCUGCGUGUCAUCUGCAAAUGACUGCCUCUCAACAGCGUACCUCCCAAGCAAGAGGAGCAGUGGUCUGGUAUACAAUGUGAAUAGAAUCGGGCCUAAAACGGACCCUGUGGUACUCCGUACACCAAUCAGCACUGCCUGUGAGACAGCCAUCGACAGAGAUCGCCUGCAUUCUAUCAGAGAGGUAGGACCUAAACCAAGCCAAAACUGAGCCAGAAAUUCCAAAGUAAUUUUCAAGGGUUUUGAAAAGGAUUACAUGGGCAACAAUAUAGCUUUUAUCCCGCAUAUAGUUCCCCCCCCCGCAUAUUGUUUUUCCACCACAUACAGUUUUCCCCAACCAUAUAUAGUUUUCCCCGCCAUGUAUCUAAUCGACUCCACCUACAGAUACUUGUACUCCGGUCAUGUCGACAUCACGUCUGACGCCGUCAUUAACCUCCUUUACUGUGCCAAGAAAUACGCCGUCGCUGGUCUAGUCAAAAAAUGUCUGGCUUAUGUGGAGGAUGUCCUUGACCCCCAGAACGCAUGCGCACUUCUGGAGCAGGUGAGUUGGACAUGACUUAAACACACACUCACGUGAUUGUAUUGUUAACUACUGCUCAAGCGCGUCUUUGGUUUCAUUUAGAAAAAGUUUAUACUGGACACAGACUAAGAUAUCAGAGACAUUGGUCAAUCUAAAGCACCCUUACUGUAUGAUGUGUUAUGUAAGACAAAAUGUCUUCCUCGUUUUGGUACGAUCAUUAUAUUGUGUUGAAUCAAAUCAUUGAAUUCUUUCAUCUUAGCCAAUAGUAGGCCCAUAAUUCUGUAAGUUUAUUGGUCUAUUUUUAGUCUCAUUUCUUCGACGAGCAUGAGUUCCACGACAAGGUCAAGGCCGUUUUGUUGAGAAAAGCGGAGGAAGUGUUCAAGAUGGAUGACGUCACUGAACUCUGUGAAACUUGUCUCAGUGAAAUUGUGGCAGACGACAAUCUGAUGGCAAGCGUGAGUUCAAUUACCCGUAACGUUGAUUACACCAACCUGUUUGAUACUUACCUGUAAUCUAUCGCCCUUGUGUGAUUGCUACCUGUAAUCUACUGAACUUGUGUGAAAUUUACCUGUAAUCUACUGACCUUGUGGGAUAGUUACCAGUAAUCUAAUGAACUUGUGUGAUUGCUACUUGUAACCUACUGACCUUGUGUGAUUGUUUCCUGUAACCUACUGACAUUGUUUAAUUGUUACCUGUAACCUAUCGACCUUGUGUGAUUGCUACCUGUAACCUACUGACCUUGUGGGUUUGCUACUUGUAACCUACUGACCUUGUGUGAUUGUUUCCUGUAACCUAUCGACCUUGUGUGAUUGCUACCUGUAACCUACUGACCUUGUGUAGUUAUUACCUGUACCUACCGACCUUUUGUGAUUGCUACCCGUAACCUACUGAUCUUGUGUGACUGUUACCUGUAACCUGCUGACCUUGUGAAAUAGUUACCUGUAACCUAAUCACGAUUUGUUAACGCAAUAAUAUGAUGUCGUCAUCGUUAACGCCUGCCUACCAUGUCAAAGAUUCAGCUCGUGUUUGACUUUGGAAGAUUUUCUGGCUAAACAAACUUGAAAACGUGAACUACCAAAUAGGAGAACUUGUCGGUAGAGAAAUAACUAAAAAACACGGGCACUCCAAUUUAUGCUCUGUGGCGUCACGUAAGGUGUCACUCGUGAUAAUAAUAGAGGGGGGGGUUGGGAGGGGGGGGGGGGGGUAAAGCAGCUGAGUCGGGGUAUGGAGAAUAAAUACCCCCCUGCCGUGUUUUGAAUUUCUCCAGGUAUCAAAAUUAAUAUUGGAAACGAAAAAAACAAUUUUUAAAGUUUUUUUUUUUUUAAAUUGGGUGGGAUGGGGGCUGAUGUAAGGUGAUAGAUAUAAAUACACAAAGAAAAUACUGAUAUUUAAAACCACUGAUUAGUUGGAAAUAGUUCAACCGCUCCCAUAAUAAUAAUAUAAAUAUGUUACAGAUAAUUUCAUAAGAUGCUAGGGUUAUUUGCAAGAGAGGAACAUUACAUUUUUGGUUUUGGUCGUGGAGAUGAAAAAAUUUAGAAAUAAAAAAGCCAAGACUGAUAUAUUUGACAUGAUUAAUUCUUUGAUAAAUUAUGCAAUAAAAUUUGUUAAUAUUAGUUUUUAAAAAAGUUGUUUUUUUUAAAGUAUAACUCUGUUGUUCCCUGCCUUUUCCGGGGUAAUGCCCUUUAUCUUUUUUUAUUUUAAUGUUUUUGUGUGUAUGUUUUUUUUUUUGGGGGGGGGGAUUUGACAUAAGUUAUUAGAGAGUGGGGCGUCCUUGAAAAUUUGACAGUUGUUGACAAGGAGAAGAGAGGGGGUACAAAUUGCCUCCAUUUGUUCGCCCUAAUUAAUGGAUGGCCCCUUCAAAGUAAACUCUGGCAUUAAAUAAGGAUACCAUGCAGAAUUGUCAGUUGAACAAGGUCCGAGGUUGUGUGUGUGUGUGGGGGCGGGGGUUGGGGUUUGCUGCCAACUUUCAGGGAGGGAGGGGUAGACGCCCCUGAUAAUAGCCUCGACUUAGUAUUCUUUGAUUUCAAUAAAUUCUUUAAAAAAAAUAUCCAUUGAAUUAUUUCGUUAAAGAUUAAAGUUAUUUUUGAUUUAUUAAUUUGUUAACAAACUUUAGGAGGACUUGGUACUUGCAGCAUGUACGAGAUGGGCGGAGGCAGAGUGCAGGAGGCGUGGUUUGGGAGUCACUGACGCAAACUGCAGGAUUAUGCUAGGAAAUACUCUCUACAAGGUAAGUGACUGAAUUACAAUAGGAAGGUGGCAUUUGUUGUAGGGUUUCUCAUUAGCCGGGGUCUUGCUUAGCACUUUUAAGAAUAAUAACUAACUUAAAAUAAUGAACAGGAGAUCGCACAUCGUGUCAACCAUAGUCCUUUAAAAGAUAUUGCACACCAUGUCAACCAUAGCCCUUUAAAAGAUAUUGCACACCAUGUCAACCAUAGCCCUUUAAAAGAUAUUGCACACCAUGUCAACCAUAGUCCUUUAAAAGAUAUUGCACACCAUGUCAACCAUAGCCCUUUAAAAGAUAGUGCACACCAUGUCAACCAUAGCCCUUUGAAAUAUAUUGCACACCAUGUCAACCAUAGCCCUUUAAAGAUAUUGCACACCAUGUCAACCAUAGCCCUUUAAAAGAUAUUGCACACCAUGUCAACCAUAGCCCUUUAAAAGAUAUUGCACACCAUGUCAACCAUAGCCCUUUAAAAGAUAUUGCACACUAUGUCAACCGUAGUACUGUCCUUGUUGCCAACACUUUUGCCCAAAGAACGCAUAUGGUAGAGAAUGCUGAAAAAAAGACGAUUGUCUGUUGUUGAAAAAAAUCAACAGUUGAUCAAAUAUCAGCUGAUCAACCAAUGUUUCAUCGAAUAUCACCGAUUGAUAAAAUAUCAGUUGAUCAACCAAUGUUUUAUCAAAUAUCAACGAUUGAUCAAAUAUCAGUUGAUCAAUAAAUGUUUUAUCCAAUAUCAAUGAUUGAUAAAACUUGAAAUAUGUUUUAGAUUCGGUUUCCUCUCCUGGCACCAACAGUAUUUGUCAAUCAAGUUGCAGGAGGAAGUUUACUUUCAGAUGAAGAAAAAGUUGAUGUUAUGGGCCAAUUUAUUGUGACCUCCAGGUAAGAGUUGAUGUUAUGGGCCAAUUUAUUGUAUUCUCAAGGUAAGAGUUGAUGUUAUGGGCCAAUUUAUUGUAUUCUCAAGGUAAGAGUUGAUGUUAUGGGCCAAUUUAUUGUGACCUCCAGGUAAGAGUUGAUGUUAUGGGCCAAUUUAUUGUCACAUCCAGUUAAGAUUGGGUGGUUUCAAACACUGAAAUUUUCUCAAAAUAAAAAAUAAUGUCCUUUCAUAUUUGACUUUAUUUUGCUGUAAAUAGUUCAGAAAGUUUAAUCCCCUCAAGUAAAUCUCUUCGUUCAUUCAGGAAAAGUUCAUUCUUCCAAACUGGACUAAGAACAAAACAACGUCAUCAGAAAUUCAACAGAUUCAAGGAGCGCAACCAAACGGCCUUCAACAAUCGAUCAGGGACGAGCGCCAUCAGUUUCCAGGUAGCACACCUGUCAGCCAUGUUGAAUCGAUUAAUCAAAGACAAUUUAUACCGUAAAAUUUAUUGAUAAAGGAGACAGUUUAUAGUUUUAGAAAUAAGCUCGCAUUUACUAUAACCGCAUUUUUUCACAGUUUUGUUCUUCUAUAUUUUAUCCCUGGUCAGUUACGUCAGAAGUUUCUUCUGUUGAUUUCAUUUUAAAACAUUAAACAAACCCUACAAAUAAAUUUCUUCCUAUAAAUCCUUUAAGAGAUUUUUUUGUUGUUGCAUUCAUGUCAUUGCACGUGAUUUACAAUUAAUGUGAUUGUAGCAACUGAUGGUUGGUUCGUGUAUGGUUUUUAUCGAACUUAGUGCAUUUAAAACAUAACAGACUAAAUUUAUAUUUAAACAUCAAAACGUUAUAAACACAAAGCACAUAGCAACCGCUGAACAAUUAAUCUCCACACCAAAACACGCCCUCUCCCCCUGAACAAUUCCUAUUUCACUCCUCUUCACCUCGCAAGACGGAAAGAUACCUAUUUUUUUAUUGGGGGGGGGGGGGGGCUUUGCAGUGAAAAUUUGAUGGAAUGGGUUGUCAUAGGCAUUAAGUCUUUGUGUCAAGUUUCAUUUCGAUAGGAUGAUGUAAAGUGGGUCAAUUAGCCGUUCGAAGAUUUUGCCCCAAAAAACGAACAAAAGCGAAGAUAAUACAAAAGAUUUGUUUCUUUUGCAAACAAAACUAUGAACUACAAUUUUAGACAUUAAGUUUAAAAUUUCUACGACUUUUCCUUUUAUUCUCAGGUCAACAGAGACAUUUUACUGGAGGGUUUCACAAUAUACGGAGCUUGCAAAGGGACGAAACAAGAGAUACAGGUCAACGGUCGAGUCCUUGACUCCAAAGACGAAAGCAUUUCUUCCGUGGAGUCCACUGUGGAGACAACCGGGAAACAAGAUCUCUAUGACGUCAUGUUUGACCAGAUCUCCCGUCUGCACCAGGGCACCACCUACACCUUGCUCGUGGAGCUGCAAGGUCCACACACGUUUGCCGGCCAAUGUGGGCGGCUGUCUGUAUUAUGUGACGACGUUCUGUUCGCAUUUUCGCACUCAGACAAGUCUCAGACAGGAACGACAGUGACCCACGGUCAGCUGCCUGGACUUAUCUUCUCUAAGUAGACAACACCAGCCGGAUUUACUUUAGAAUGUACAGCUAUACCCUAUUAUGUAGUUAUACUUGUAUGCAGUAUGUAACGUUAUACCCUUUUAUGUAGUUAUACUUUAGUAUGUAAAGUUAUACCCUAAUUUUUACAGUUAUAUUUCAGUAUGUAAAGUUAUAAACAAAUAUGUAACGUUAUACUUAAGUGUGUACAUUUAUACCAAAGUGUGUACAGACAGUACAUUUUUAGUUUAGUAUGUACAGACAGUACAGUUAUACUCUUGCAGAGACCUAAUCUGCAAGCUGUGGAAAAUUGUAAAAUAUUUUGGCAGCACCCCCUACCUCCGAGUAAGCGGUCAGUAACAAUAGAUGAUGACGUCAACAACCGAACACCCAAUGUUGCAUUCGCAAGACUCACGCGCCCUCCCUCAGCCUUGUCACUACGCUGAAAGUAUUUAGGGCAAUCUUAUUAACACCUCUUCUAUACGCCAGGGAGACGUUGACGGUGAACACCACACGUGAUAGGCAACUGAACCAUCUCCACCUUCGAUUUUUAUGUAAACCUCUUGGCACACGGAGGCAGGACAAAGUCCCAGAAAAAGAAGUCCUAAGAACAGACUGACUUUAUCAGCACACACACACCUUCAUACAGAAAGGUCAAGGUCAUGCCAGAUGGGGAGACAUUUUGCGUGAGUGCCAGACAGAAACCUUGCUAAUCUUCUGUGAACCUUCCAGAGGGAAACAAUCAGCUGGUGGGCAGACAACAAAUGUUCUAAAGAUUAUCUAAAGAUUAUUUAAAGGCUUCAUUCCAAUCGUGGACAUCGACAUGAAUUCAUGUCAAUGUCCACGAUUGCAAUGGAUCGUACAAGCUGGCGAGGUAGGCUCACUGGUGACUGUUGGAGCACCAUUCUCAGGGAGUAAACCCAUGGCUCACGCCUAAACACGCACAGCCGUGAAAACAGAAUCGCCUCCCAUCCCUCAAGGACACCAAAACACGUGGGCCCUACGUGCGGGAAAGGUUUCCAAGCACAAGAAUAGGGCUGGCAAGCCACCUGCAUACUCACCGUCGAAUAGCCUUGUUCAUCUUGGCAUGCUUAGGACGUGAAAAAAUGUACACUUCUACUUAAUUUGAUUCAGUUAAGUGAUAUCAUUAUUUCUCUAACUAAACUGAGCCAAAGAUACGUUCCUGUCGGAUGUUGACUUUGGAGUUUCAUUGCAGAUUGGAGUUCUUGAUUUUACAGCCAGACAUGUUUACAAAAAACAUAUUCACUUCAUAGCCGGUAUUUAAAAAAAAAAAAAAAACCUUGACGUUGUCAAAUAAUUUUUUCUUUAAUUAUUAGAUUUUUUUAAACUGAGCCAAAGAUACGUUCCUGUCGGAUGUUGACUUUGGAGUUUCAUUGUAGAUUGGAGUUCUUGAUUUUACAGCCAAACAUGUUUACAAAAAACAUAUUCACUUCAUAGCCGGUAUUUAAAAAAAAAAAAAAAACCUUGACGUUGUCAAAUAAUUUUUGCUUUAAUUAUUAGACUUUUGUGACAUGGGGACAACGUACAUGGUUAUUAUUACCUGUCCUUGGAUUCAUCGUGUUUGUGUGUAGCUUCUUGUAUUGAUAGCAAUUUCUUUAAAAAUUGAAAUUCUUAUUGAAAUCAAUAUAAGCUUUAUAAAUAAUU